AUGGCGAAAGAACCUACCAGCUGGUUCGCAGGUUUCCAACGUAGCGAGCGCCGACGCGAAAAGACCAUGCGCCACGGCAGCAUUCGGCCUAUUAUGAGGAAUGGUCAUUACGAUGUUCAUGCAGCCAACGCCAAAACUGCGACGACGCCAUUGGCGAGAGAGCUCAAAGGAAGACAUCUUCAAAUGAUUGCAUUUGGUGGCUCGAUUGGUGAGGUUCCCAUUUAUGAUCCGAUCUCGGAAAGUAAAACUGACAUCAAAGGCACUGGGCUUUUUGUUGCUUCGGGUGCCGGCCUUUAUCAUGCAGGACCAGCUGGCCUGCUUCUCGCGUACAUCGGCGUCGGUGCUUUGCUAUACUGCACUAUGCAGUCAUUGUGCGAGCUUUCGGUCUUGUUUCCUGUCGCAGGCUCAUUUAUAACCUUUUCAACCCGAUUCCUUGAUCCCUCUUGGGGAUUUGCCCUCAGCUGGGUCUACUUCCUACAGUGGUUGAUGGUGCUGCCCCUGGAAAUAAUCGCUGCGGUCUUGACGAUAUCCUACUGGAACGAGGUUGUUCCAAAUGCAGUUUUCGUCACUAUAUUUCUCGUCUUGAUCAUUGCCAUCAACAUGGCAGGUAUCCGAUUCUACGGCGAAACAGAGUUUGUUUUUGCCAUCAUCAAGAUUGUUGCGAUCAUCGGAUUCAUUCUCCUGGGUAUUGUCAUCAAUAUCGGAGGGCCACCUGACGGCGGCUUCAUUGGUGGCAAACUCUGGUUUCAGCCACAACCCUUCAACAACGGCUUCAAAGGCUUCAGCAGUGCCCUUACGACGGCGCUUUUCUCCUAUGGCGGGACUGAAAUGAUCGGCCUUGCCGUGGCCGAAACAAGGGACCCACGCAAGUCGUUCCCAAAGGCUAUCAAGCAGGUCUUCUGGCGUAUCGCUAUCUUCUACCUCAUCACUAUCAUGCUUGUUGGGCUACUUGUCCCUUCUGAUAAUCCAUCUCUAAUUGGGGGGAAGAGCUCUGUUGACGCCUCGGCCAGUGCCUUUGUCAUUGCCAUCGAGAGCGCUGGCACGACCAUUCUUCCCAGUGUGAUGAAUGGCGUUAUCCUUAUCGCAGUUCUAUCUGUUGGGAGUUCGGCUGUAUAUGGAUCUUCGCGAGCUCUCGAGGCAAUGGCCGAGCUCUCACACGCGCCACAACUUUUUACCUAUAUCGAUAAACGAGGCCGGCCUCUUGUGUCAUUAUUUAUCGCAGGAUGUGUCGGACUUUUAGCCUAUACGAUAGAUGUGAAAGUGCACGAUACUAUCUUUCAGUGGCUCCUCUCUAUCAGUGCCAUCACCACGCUCUUUACUUGGAGUAGCAUAUGCUUCUGCCAUAUCCGUCUGCGUUUAGCUUGGACGCGUGCGGCUCGACCCUUGAGUCGACUUCCCUUUCUUUCGUCUGUCGGUAUAGUAGGGUCCUGGUGUGCACUUCUAGGAUACAUAUUGGUGAUAGCCCUUCAUACAUGGGUUUCUAUCUCACCCAUCGAGAUUCCAGGCACAGAGAUAAAUCUCUCAGGCAAGCUGCAAUAUUUCUUCCUUAGAAUGAUGGCUCUUCCACUUGUGCUUGUUCUUUUUCUACUUCAUAAGUUGCGAUUUCGGACGAACUUUAUUGGGGUUGAGGAAAUUGACAUAGAUACGGGACGGCGCUCAUAUCGAUUUUAUCCUGAUAAGGAAGAGGAAGAAGCAGAAAAGAGAAGGAAUUGGCCGAUUUGGCGGAGGGCGUAUGAUUUAUUUUGUUGA